AUGGAGGAGUUGUCAACGGAGCCCCGCGCUACGGUGUACCACAACUUCCUUUUUGCUUCACCAUUUAAUCUGGUAAUCACUGAAUCCUAUGCUGUUCGUUCUCAGUCCAAGAAAGAAUGUGACCACUUGAUUUCACUGGCAAAGCCCCACAUGACGAGGUCCAAAGUAGUUGAUUCUCUGACUGGAGAGACAAAGGAAAGCAGUUCUCGAACAAGUUCAGGAAUGUCUCUUACAAGAGGGCAGGACACAAUUAUUCGUACAAUUGAGAAAAGGAUAGCAGAUUACACCUCAAUACCAAUAGAGAAUGGUGAGGGCCUUCAAGUUCUCCACUAUGCAAUUGGACAGAAGUCCGAGCCUCACUUUGACUACACUAACGUUAGUUUCGUCACAAAAAAUGGAGGCCGUCGUAUGGCGACUCUACUUAUGUAUCUCUCGGAUGUUGAAAAGGGUGGCGAGACUGUGUUCCCUAACGCGACAGCAAAAGGCAAGCUGUCUAAUCAAUGUCUAAAGCUAAAGAGUGGUAUAUCUGUUAAACCUAAAAUGGGAGAUGCAUUGCUUUUCUGGAGCAUGAAGCCUGAUGGAUCUCGUGAUCCCACAAGCCUGCAUGGUGGAAGUCCAGUGAUUAAAGGCGACAAAUGGUCAGCGACCAAGUGGAUGCAUGUUAACAAGUACAACUAG